AUGAGAAGAGAGAGCUAUUCCUUAGUUUACAUGGUCUCUCUUCUGGUUCUGCUGAUCCAUGGCAUGACUGCAGCAACCACUCAAGGUCUCACGGUUUCGAGUUCUUGUCAAAGUCAUUGUGGGGGACUACCGAUUCCUUAUCCCUUUGGAAUCGGUAAAGAUUGCUAUCUCAACAACGACAAGUGGUAUCAAGUUACCUGUAACAGCUCUUCCGGGAGCCCUGUCCCGUUUCUUCCUAGCAUCAACAGAGAGUUGGUGAAUAUCUCUUUCCCUGCGGACUCUAGCAGUCAAUUUGAAUUUGGGCUAAUACAAAUCAAGAAUCCGGUAACUUCAUCGGGAUGUUCCAACAGAGAAGAAGCCAGCUUGUCUUUUGACGUGACCGGAAGUCCGUUUUUCCUCAGCGCAAGCAAUACUCUAGUUGCAGUUGGUUGCAACAACAAGGCUUUGAUGACGGAUGUGAAGCCUCAUAUCGGAGGAUGCGAGUCUACCUGCGACAUGGGGUUUGGCCGGAGAGGACAGAACAUAAGUUGUGAUGGCGACAAAUGUUGCCAAGCCAAGUUACCCUCUGACCGUCUGCAACAGAUUGGUAUCAAGAUAGAGAGCCUUGAUGGUAACGCAAGUACAUCAGCGGGAUGCAGAGUUGCUUUCUUGACAGACGAGACAUAUUCACUGUCGAAUAUAACCGAGCCAGAGCUGUUUUACGGUAAGGGAUAUGCGACGGUGGAGUUAGGAUGGUUCAUAGAAAUGUCACACAAUAUGUCCGUUGAAACUAGGGCUUGCUUUUCAACAUUCGAGGGUCAAGGCUAUAGCUAUGGUAAUCUUGAAACUUGCAUUUGUAGAUAUGGUAACUAUCUAGACAGAAGGUAUAGAAGUUGUAGGUGUAACUCUGGUUACAGAGGCAACCCAUAUCUCUCGAGUGGAUGUACAGAUAUUGAUGAGUGUGAGGAAGCCAAAGCUCAAGGGCGCAACCGAUGUAGAAAAGGGGAGUAUUGUGUGAAUAUCCAAGGAAACUUGGACUGUAAACCCAUAAGAAACAAAACUCUGGCCAUCAUUCUAGGUAUUAGUAUAGGCUUUGGCUUGUUGGUUGUAGCCGUUGGAGCAUGGAGGUUGUAUAAGUUUAUCAUAAAGCAAAGGGAGAUAAAUCGGAAGAAGAAGUUCUUUGAGCGUAACGAAGGACUAUUGCUGCAACAACAAUUGGUUUCGAACGAAGGCAAUGUUGAGAAGACGAGAGUGUUCAGCUCGAAAGAAUUGGAGAAAGCUACAGAGAUGGCAUGA